AUGCUUCUAAAUGCGGAGGAAGUUUGUGAGGAGGAGAGUGAUGGAGGGCAAGGCAAAAAGAAACAGCCGCAGCGCUUUGUGUCUCUGCGUCCUCUGCUCGAAGCCUACGCACAAAGCGCUCGACAUGACGGCUUAUUUCACAGGUCAAUCAGCUCCCCCCCGGUGGGUAGUGGAGGCCGUAACAUCAACCCUCCCGGCUGGCUCUCGGGCCCGUGCUUCCCUUACAGAAGCACCAGGAGUGUGUGGGACCCAGGACAGACUGAAGGACCGGCAGCGCGUGGUAGCACUGGGGACGUGGUCCGCAGCAGCCCUGAGUAUUCUGUAGAAGAGGGACCUGGACAUGUCCCUGAUCCAAGCAGCGAGUCUACAACAUCUUCAACAAGGCCCGAAGUGUCUCGUCUCUGA